AUGGGAGAAUUACAGCCCUCCCCCGACGUCCAACGGGUCGCCCCCAAACCGCCGUGGUACCGCUAUCUCAACCCCCUGCGACUCCAGAAGAUCCCUCCGACUCCAGUCGAGCGGGACGUCUCGCACGAAUAUGGAGCCUCAUUCUGGAGCAUCGUGUCUUUUCAGUGGAUGUCUCCACUCAUGAAAGUACAUCUUCCGCCCCAUUAUGUUGGCCUAGUGGGCUACCUCCGGCCACUCGAACUCCAAGAUAUCUGGACAGUCAACCCUAAUCGCAGUAUUGAUGUCCUGUGCGAUCAGCUGGAAUCGGCCUUGGACCGUCGCGUCCACGCCGGCAGCAGAAUUCCGCUCCUCGCGGCGCUUUAUGAUACCUUUCGAUUUGAAUUUCUCCUUGGGGGCGUCUGUCAACUCCUCAGCUCUCUAUUGCUGGUAUUUGCUCCUUAUCUCACCAGGUAUCUCAUCGCCUUCUCCACCGAGGCCUAUGCGGCUCAGCAUAGGGGAACCCCGGCCCCGCAUAUCGGCCGCGGGAUGGGUUUUGCUGUCGGCAUUACGUGCAUCCAGGUGUUUCAGAGCUUAUGUACCAACCAGUUCCUUUACCGAGGCCAGAUGGUCGGCGGACAGAUCCGCGGCCUGCUUAUCUGUCAAGUAUUCAACAAAGCCAUGAAAUUGUCAGGUCGAGCGAAAGCUGGUGGGAAACCCUCCGCCGAGGAGAAAGCGAACAUCGAGGCUCUGAAGGUGGCCAAAAAGCGAGCUCUUCGGCCAACAUCAAUCCAAGCCAUAUUUGAGCGCAUCAAAAAACCCACUGGUGCGGUUGACGAGUCUGGAUGGAACAACGGGCGGAUCAUCGCCCUGAUGAGUGUCGAUGUCGAUCGAAUUAACCUAGCGUGCGGCAUGUUUCACAUGGUCUGGACCGCGCCAAUCUCCAUGAUCGUGACGCUGAUCCUGCUUCUCGUCAACAUCGGGUACAGCUGCCUCUGUGGGUAUGCUCUGUUGGUUUUCGGCCUCCCCUUCCUCACAUAUGCCGUGCGAUUUCUCGUCAAAAGACGCCGCAAUAUCAAUCGACUCACCGACCAGCGUGUUUCGCUUACUCAGGAGAUCCUGCAGGGUGUCCGGUUUGUCAAGUUCUUCGGUUGGGAGAGUAGCUUUUUGAAUCGCCUGAAGGAAAUCAGGAAGCGCGAGAUUCGAUUGAUCCAGACUCUGUUGGCUGUCCGCAACGCGAUCAUGAGUGUAUCCAUGUCGAUUCCAGUCUUUGCAUCCUUACUGUCUUUUGUCACCUAUGCCCUGUCGAAACACGACUUGGACCCAGCACCGGUUUUCUCCUCACUUGCUCUGUUUAACGCCCUGCGGAUGCCGUUGAAUCUGUUGCCUAUGGUCAUUGGCCAGAUAGCAGACGCCUGGACUGCCUUGAACCGCAUCCAGGACUUUAUCUUCGCCGAGGAACGCAAGGAGGAUAUCCACCACGAUAAAUCUCUCGCCAACGCCAUCUCCAUGGAGCAUGCAACCUUCACCUGGGAACAAUCGCCCGCUGAGGUUGGUGCGGAGCAUCUGAAAGGUCCAGAAAAACGAGCAAAGCCAGCACAGGCAGUUGCGGAGUCCAAAUCAACAUUAGAGGUCCAGGAACCCGGCGAACCGUUUCGCUUAACCGACGUGUGUCUUGAAAUCGGACGGAAUGAACUAGUGGCAGUCAUCGGCAGUGUUGGAUCGGGGAAGAGUUCGUUGCUCUCCGCCCUGGCAGGCGAGAUGCGACUGGAAGAGGGCUGUGUCCGACUUGGCACGACACGUGCGUUUUGUUCCCAAUAUGCAUGGAUACAGAAUACUUCCGUGCGAAACAAUAUUCUAUUUGGCACGGACUACGACCAUACUUGGUAUGAGCAGGUGAUUGACGCCUGCGCCCUGAGACCUGAUCUAAAAGUCCUACCAAAUGGUGAUCUCACAGAGAUUGGAGAGCGUGGGAUCACUGUCUCUGGCGGCCAGAAGCAACGUCUUAAUAUUGCCCGUGCUAUAUAUUUUAACGCCGAACUUGUCCUCCUGGAUGACCCACUCUCGGCUGUUGAUGCUCACGUCGGUCGUCAUAUUAUGGAAAAGGCCAUCUGCGGCCUCCUCAAAGAUCGAUGUCGGAUUCUAGCAACCCACCAACUUCACGUGCUCAGCCGGUGCGAUCGAAUUGUGGUUAUGGAUGAAGGGCGCAUCCAUGCGGUAGGAACCUUCGAGGACCUGAUGAGUGAUAAUAAAUUGUUCCAACGGCUGUUAUCCACCGCACGACAGGAGGACUCCGAAGACCAGACCGACAAACCAGUUGAACCGACACCUGAGGAGGACACAAAUACUGAUACGCAGAUCGCGAGCAAACAAGUGCCAGCAUUGAUGCAGCAAGAAGAGAGACCGACUGACGCCGUUGGGUGGAAAGUGUGGCAAGCAUAUAUCAAGGCGUCAGGAAGCUACUUCAAUGCUAUUGUGGUCUUGCUUCUCCUGGGACUGGCCAAUGUAUCUAACGUGUGGACAGGCCUGUGGUUGUCAUACUGGACCUCGAACAAGUACCCUCAUCUGUCCACGGGCCAGUAUAUUGGGAUCUAUGCAGGAAUCGCGGCUAUUACUGUCAUCCUGAUGUUUUCCUUUUCCACUUACCUGACCACCUGCGGCACUAAUUCCAGCAGAACCAUGCUCCAGCGGGCCAUGACCCGUGUGCUUCGAGCGCCAAUGUCAUUCUUCGACACCACGCCAACAGGCCGUAUUUCCAACAGGUUCUCACGCGAUGUCCAGGUGAUGGAUACUGAACUAUCCGAUGCAACGCGGUUGUAUUUUCUGACUUUGUCGGGGAUUCUGGCCAUUAUCGUGUUGGUCAUAGUCUUUUACCACUACUUCGCCAUCGCCCUCGGGCCCCUGAUUGUCCUCUUCCUUAUGGCGUCCAACUACUACCGAGCCUCUGCCCGGGAGCUGAAGCGACACGAAUCCGUUCUUCGCUCAGUCGUCCACGCUCGGUUUGGCGAGGCCAUCACCGGGACGGCUUGCAUCCGCGCAUACAGGGUUGAGAAUCAAUUCCAGCGCAGCAUUCGGGAGUCAAUCGACACAAUGAAUGGAGCGUACUUUUUGACCUUUGCUAACCAGCGUUGGCUGAGCAUUCGUCUUGACGCUGUCGCUGUCCUCCUCAUCUUUGUGACAGCUAUUUUGGUCGUGACCUCCCGGUUCGACGUGUCGCCCAGCAUAUCCGGUCUUGUGCUCUCCUACAUUUUAACCAUCGCCCAGAUGCUUCAAUUUACCGUCCGCCAGCUGGCCGAGGUGGAAAACGACAUGAAUGCGACCGAACGCGUGCACUACUACGGCACACAACUACAAGAAGAGGCGCCGCUGCAUCUCACCCCAGUUCCCCCAUCUUGGCCCGACAAAGGUCGGAUAAUCUUUAAUGAUGUGGAGAUGCGCUACCGGGAUGGGUUGCCCCUGGUUCUGAAAGGACUUACUAUGGAUGUACAGGGAGGUGAACGAAUCGGUAUCGUUGGGCGUACCGGUGCCGGGAAAUCCAGCAUCAUGUCUGCUCUUUUCCGCCUCACCGAGCUAUCAGCCGGGACAAUCCAGAUUGAUGGGAUCGACAUUGGCAGAAUUGGUCUCCAUGAUCUUCGUUCCAGACUGGCCAUUAUCCCACAGGACCCAACUCUGUUCCGCGGCACAGUACGUUCUAAUCUCGACCCUUUCAACGAACACUCGGAUUUGGAGUUGUGGUCCGCGCUGCGUCAAGCUCAUCUCAUAGACGCCUCUGACGCUCCUGAUCGCGAGAGCGACACGACUCCUGACUCGGACGUCGCUGGCGGGUUGAAGCAACGCCAGCCGCGGACAAAGCUGUCACUCGACACGCCGGUCGAUGAAGAAGGUCUUACCUUUUCCCUCGGACAGCGUCAGCUCAUGGCUUUAGCCCGCGCCUUGGUGCGCAACGCCCGAAUUAUCAUCUGCGAUGAGGCAACCUCAUCCGUUGACUUUGAAACGGACCGGAAGAUCCAGUUAGCCAUGGCGCAGGGGUUCCAGGGAAAGACCGUCUUGUGUAUCGCACAUCGGUUGCGCACAAUCAUUCACUACGAUCGGAUCUGCGUAAUGGAGCAAGGCCGAAUCGCGGAGAUGGACACACCUGUGCGUCUCUGGGACCGGGAAGAUGGCAUCUUCCGGGCAAUGUGUGACCGCAGUGGGAUUACGCGGGCGGAUAUUGUGUCCGGGGUUGCGGGAUAA